AUGGAGAUUUUCGUGUCGGAGAGUGAUUUGCUGUUGGUACUCAAUGCGUCCAAGUGUGAGGAUGAAGAAAAUCUGAAACAAGCAUGUGAUCUCUACAUUGCAUUUGCUUCUAAGUUUAUGAACCUGAGGAGUCAAGUACAAAAUAAUCCAUCUCUCAGCACUCAACAUCAAAAAGAGAUUCAUUUCCAAAUUACUCAACUCUUAACUUUUGCCAUCAACAAGGCGGAACUUUUGGAAAAACGAUUGAAAUCAAAUCCAAACAAUACAGUGAAUUCUUCCAACAACAAUAAUUCUGCUCUCUCUAAACCCAUUGCCUUGCAUUAUCUGUUUUAUUUGUGCGAUAAAAUUGCAGAGGUUGGUGUUCAACAAGGAAACACUGAGGAUGCUAUAAAGUAUUAUACACUAGCUGCUGAAUAUGGAUUGGAAUUAAUCAGAAAUUACAAAAUUCCGUUUCAAUCAGAAGUUAAAACAGCCCUCUCAAAAGCUGAAUCACUGAAGAAGAGCAACAAAUCAGAAUUAAUUUCUCCCAAACGAAAUAAUUCUUCUGAUAUUUUCAAUCAAGCCAAACCCACUUGCCACCUUUCCGUUUUAACUGCACAAACCUAUUCUUCAAUACCUUCUUCAAGUUCGUGGACUCCAUCUCCUAGAAUUUCACCCAAUAGUACAACCUCAACACCAACAACUUCAACAACAAAUUCAACUAUUACCACUAAUUAUUCAUCACUUUCUGUAAAUUCAACAAAUAUAUCAGAGCGUUCCAUCGUAAGCACCACCGUUAAUGGAUCAACACCAAAACCAACACCUAUAAAACCUCUCACUGAUGAAGAAAUUGAGGUUCUCAAGUACACGAGUGUUAUGGCCUCGGGAUUACUUUUAUAUCCUUGGAAUGAUGAAUUAGAUUUGAAUGAAAAUUUCAACUUGCCCAUUCCUUUUGUAGAUACUCAACUUAAUUUUCAUGAUGGUUCGAACAAACAUGUUUUACCUCUUUCAAAAGAACAGAGAAGCAAAUUAUAUGGAUGGUUGAGGCCUCAUGAAAUUCUUUCCUUACGAUCUUGUAAGAAUUCUCCUCAAUUAAUUUACAAGGACCAAGUGAAUGAAGAUAAUAUUGUCCAGUCUCAUGUCGUUACGGAUUGUUCCUUUGUUGCAAGUCUAUGCGUUGCCGCUCUGUAUGAAAGAAAGUACAAUAAGAAAUUAAUUACAAAUAGUAUCUUUCCACAAAAUCCAAGAACGAACAAACCCUAUUACAAUCCUUCUGGAAAGUAUUCCAUCAAAAUAUUUUUCAAUGGAGUCGCUCGAAAAGUGAUUAUUGAUGAUCGAUUACCAGUGGAUUCACAAGGAAAUUUAUUAUGUUCUCUAUCAUUAAAUUCUGAAGAAUUUUGGGUGAGUUUAAUGGAAAAGGCAUACAUGAAAGUGAAUGGUGGAUAUCAAUUUCCAGGAUCUAAUUCAGGAAUUGAUCUCUAUGCAUUGACUGGAUGGAUACCUGAAGAGGUUAAAAUUUCUAACGGAAAUAAUUUUGACAAGGAUUUACUUUGGAAAAGAAUGUACGAUGGUUUUCAACUUGGAAAAUGUCUAAUUACCAUCUCUACUGGUCAUCUUGAAAAACAAACAGAGGAACAGCUUGGUCUUUAUGCCAAUCAUGCCUAUGCUGUUCUGGAUGUGAGAGAGGUAAAAGUAACAUCUUCCAAUAAUGGAACAAGUCCAACCUUUAACAUGUCUCAAAAUGUGUUUAAUGGAAUGUCCCCUACAACUCCAAACAGUGGUGGUGUCAAGAAACUUAUCAAGGUGAAGAAUCCUUGGACUCGUAAAAGAUGGAAAGGUCCUUACUCUCCCAAUGAUUAUGCAUCUUGGACGACACAACUUAAAAAGGAGCUCGAUUAUGACAAUACUGUUGCUGGUCAGCAUGACAAUGGCGUAUUUUGGAUGAAUUAUGAGAGUUUAUUGAAGUAUUUUCAAACCUUACACUUUUCAUGGAGCCCUGAUUUAUUCCCUUAUACUGAAAUUCGACAUAGUUGCUGGGAUCAUCGAGUAGGUCCAAUCAGUCUCGAUGGAACAGAUCAUCACACAAUGAAUGGUAAUCCUCAAUUUCGUCUUAAACUUCAAGGAAAAGGAAGUGUAUGGAUCAUGUUAACAAAACACUUUACGUCACUGGAUGAACGGGAUCGAGAUUAUCUGACUUUUCAUGUUCAUCGAGGAAGUAGUGCAUCCGGUGAAACUGUAUACAAGCAAGGAAUUGACAGAGUUUUCUAUAAUGAAAAUACACUCAUUCACAAAGGACGAUAUAGUAAUGAUCCACAUUACAGAAUUUGUUUGAAUUCUGAAGAUGCUGUGAAAAAGGUCACAAAUGACAAAAAGAGAAGACCAUCAUCAAGUCUUUCAAAUUCGGAAUCACUUGUUAACAAGGAUCAAGAAGCUAUUUUCCGAAUUGUGUUGUCUCAACAUGAGAAAAUUCAAACCAUUAGAUAUUCACUUUUCUGUUAUUCCACAGUUCCAUGUACAUUAGAACCCAUUCCAAGCACCUACAGAUACUACAAGGCAUACAGAGAUCAAUGGACACCCACAACUUGUGGUGGAAGUUGUAAUCAAAUUUCUACCUAUCGUCUCAAUCCUCAGUAUGUCAUCUCAGCACCCUCUUCGUCCUCACUUAACUUGUCUCCUACUUCACGAACAAGCCCAGUGAAUAUUACAGGAGCUGACAAGACCAAUCUCAGAUUUAGCUGCUCCACAGCUCAUCCUUUAGAUAUUAAUAUUAUGGUAUUUGCAAAUCAAGGCCAACCAAUUCAUUUACCUGCAAAAGAGAUUAUGGUUGCCAGUAGCGGCAAUUACAGAAGAUGUUUUGCAAUGUGUAAAUUAAGUAGCCAAGAAUUGACACACAUACAAAAGACAGAUGCCUUAUUCCCUCUCACAGUUGUGUUGUCUAACUUCUCUGGGUCUUUGGGAGAUUUUGAAUUUAGAGUCGAAUCCACAAAUCUACCACUUGAAGUUAGAAAAGUUGUGUAA